AAAAACUAAAGGUGCAUUUAUUUAUUUAUUUAAGAGAUAAAUAAGAAGAAAGAAUUAGGUCAGAUUAUGAAAAAGAAAAUGUAAAAGAGGGGCCUUCAUCGGUUAUUUAGAAAUUGGAAUUUGAGAACCGCAUAGGUUGUUUGUUUAAAGAAGAAUAUAUAAUGCUCCAUUUACAUGCAUGCUGCUGUCAAUUUCCCUCAGUUACAAAGGGAGUUGAAUUUUCAAAUGGUAGAAUUAUCCCCAAAUGGAACUUGUGUUUUCCAAGGCAGAAAUGGAGUGUAUCAAAAAGGUGCAUAAUUGCAGCCUCAUCACCACAAUGCUGUGAAAUCGAAAUGGAUGGUUUAUGGACGACGCAACUCAAUGCGCUCUAUCAAUUUUCUCGCCCACACACUAUAUUUGGAACUAUUAUAGGGAUCACUUCCGUCUCUACUCUACCAAUCAAAUCCUUUGCAGAUAUUUCUACCAUAUUUUUUCUAGGACUAUUAAAGGCAUUAAUUCCAUCACUGUUAAUGAACGUUUAUGUGGUUGGGUUAAAUCAACUGUUUGAUGUCGAAAUAGACAAGGUGAACAAACCAAGUCUGCCACUGGCUUCUGGAGAAAUUUCAAUGAAACGAGGCAUCCCAAUAGUUAUCACCUCCCUACUCAUGAGUUUUGGUAUGGGAAUUAAGUUUCAAUCUCCACCAUUGUUAGCUGCUCUCAUUGUUAGCUUUCUUCUUGGAAGUGCAUAUUCUGUAGAGUUGCCUUUUCUUAGAUGGAAAAGAAAUGCAGCCCUGGCUGCAAUAUGCAUCAUGGUUGUGAGGGCUAUCAUUGUUCAGUUUGCUUUUUUCGCACAUAUACAGAAAUAUGUGCUGGUGAGGCCUAUUCUCUAUACAAGAUCUCUGUUUUUUGCUGUCACAUUUAUGUGCAUCUUCACUGCUGUCAUUGCCCUGUUUAAGGACAUCCCUGACGUCAACGGUGAUAGAAAUUUUGGCAUCCAAUCUUUAAGUGUCAGCCUUGGACAAGAACAAGUGUUUUGGUUAUGUAUAAGCAUGCUUGUAGCUGCAUAUGCAGCUGCUAUGGUGAUUGGAACUACUGCUACUACUCUUUCCAACAAGCUUGUCACUGUUUUGGGGCAUUUCUUACUUGCUUGUUUUCUAUUAUUUAAAGCUCAAUCGGUCGAUAUAUCAAGUCAAGUAUCAAUAACAUCUUUUUAUAUGUUUAUAUGGAAGCUUUUCUAUGCAGAAUACCUUCUGAUUCCGUUUGUUCGUUAAGGUGGCAGAUUUAAAAUGCAUGGGUGAUUAAAAGUUCUUGGAAUUGCUAGGGAAAUGUAACUCAAUUAGAAUGUGAUUUGCUUUAUCAAAUUUUUGUCUUAAUUUUCCGAAAUUUAGUAAAGACUCAAGCGUGUACAAAUACAGUUGUUCCUCGCGUCAUCCUAGUCUUAGGCUAGAGUUACAUUUCCCUUUUUUUUUUGUUUUGACUAGUUUUGAGAGAUACGUGUGAGACACCGGAAUAUCAAAUCAUGUGCUAUCCUAUUUUUUAAAUAAUAAUGGAAAUUCAAAAAUAAUUCUCCAUUGAAGUUUCACAUGGAA